UAGAACGUCAGACAUCACACCGGCAGAAGACAAGAUGUUUACACAAAGACAGAUGUAUGCGGAGAACGCCCUCCUCACAGCAAUGGCAGCGCUGCUUCUCCUGACCACAACAGGACAAUCUGCAAUGCUGACCACAGCAACUCCUGCUCUGUCCGACUCAUCAAUGACCACACAGCUCAUCAACAGCAGUAUGGAGAAACCUCAGGUUCGGCACUUAUACAGAUCGUGCAGGAGUGAACAUGAACAGUUCUGCAACAAUGGUGGAGAGUGCAUGUACCCCCAAGACAGCGACAAACCCCAUUGCAUCUGCCAGUCCUCCUACACCGGGCAUCGCUGCAUGUUCUUGAAAAGCAAGGCUAGCUAUCCACAUCAGGUGCAACUGAUUCCCAUCUGUUUGGGGAUAGCCAUGCUCAUCGUUGUCCUGGUCGCCACAAUUUACUGCUUGGCCUACAAGAGGUGUAUAAAAUCAGCAUCGCUCAAAAAAAUCAGCAACAUCUGA